UUCGGUCUGUUUCUCCGUCGGCAGCUGAUGAGGAACAAUGAGGAACGAAUAGGAAAUUGUCAUUAGCAGAUUACGGACAGGAGGAUUUAAUGCUGUUGGGGAGGGUGUGUGUCAGCGAAAAAGGAAUUUACAGAGGGGGGUGUGGGCUUAAUUGUUUUGUGUGAGUGUGAGAGAGAGAGGCAGGCAGACAGACAGAGCCAAACACACACUUCGCCCUGCGAGAUAUUCCACCCAGCUCCCGGGAUCAGUGGAGGAAGAUGAGCGACAGAGGGACGAGAGUUUUUAAGAAGUCAAGCCCUAACGGAAAGCUUACCGUGUACCUGGGGAAGAGGGACUUUGUAGACCACGUGGACUUUGUGGAGCCAGUGGAUGGUGUCGUGUUGGUUGAUCCGGAAUACCUCAAGGAAAGGAAAGUCUUUGUGACUCUGACUUGUGCCUUCCGUUAUGGCCGAGAGGAUCUGGACGUGCUGGGACUGACCUUCCGGAAGGAUCUCUUUGUGGCCAACGUCCAAGCCUUCCCACCUGUGGCAGAGGAGAAGAAGCCCCUGACCCGGCUUCAAGAGCGUCUGAUGAAGAAACUGGGAGAACACGGUUACCCCUUCAUAUUUGAGAUCCCUCCCAACCUGCCCUGUUCAGUUACCCUGCAGCCAGGGCCCGAGGAGACAGGAAAGGCUUGUGGCGUCGAUUUUGAGGUGAAAACCUUCUGUUCUGACAACCUGGAGGAGCGAAUCCACAAACGGAACUCUGUGAGGUUGGUGAUACGCAAGGUGCAGUAUGCUCCGGAGAAGCCCGGACCCCAACCCAUGGCCGAGACCACCCGCCAGUUCCUCAUGUCAGACAAACCCCUUCACCUAGAGGCAUCGCUGGACAAGGAGAUUUAUUAUCAUGGAGAGCCGAUAAAUGUGAAUGUUCACGUGACCAACAAUACAAACAAAACCGUCAAGAAACUCAAGAUCGCAGUCCGUCAGUACGCUGACAUCUGCCUCUUCAACACGGCUCAGUACAAGUGCCCCGUUGCCACAGCUGAAGCUGAUGACAUUGUAGCCCCCAGCUCCACCUUCUGCAAAGUGUACACCUUGACGCCUUACCUGGCCAAUAACCGAGAGAAGCGUGGCCUUGCGCUGGACGGCAAGCUCAAGCACGAGGACACCAACCUGGCCUCCAGCACCUUGCUUAGAGAUGGAGCCAAUAAGGAGAUCCUGGGCAUCAUCGUAUCCUAUAAGGUCAAGGUGAAGCUGGUAGUUUCGCGGGGAGGCAUCUUGGGAGAUCUUGCCACAAGUGACGUGGUUGUCGAGCUUCCUUUUACCCUGAUGCACGCCAAACCUGACGAGGAGACACUCAGCAGAGAAGCUACAGAGAACGAGUCUCCCAUCGACACCAACUUGAUCGAGUUUGACACCAAUGACGAUGACAUUGUCUUCGAGGACUUUGCCCGGCAGAGGUUGAAGGGCCUGAAAGACGAGAGCGGUGACAAUGAAGAUGGAGCGAACUCACCACAACACGACGACCGGUGAAACCGCCCCACCCACCGUCCCAGCCUUGAUCCAUGGUCGCACCCACUACACGAAAAGCUGCCGUUGUUUGUAGUUCCUCUUCUUGUAAUAUUUUAAAGAGCAAGUACUCUGGAUGGCCUUGAGCCCAGAGCUCUUGGACUGUGGAUUGAAGAUUGGUGCAGAAGUGAUACCGGUUUCUUCCCAGCCUCCUCUGCCUUUGGUAGUGUCAGUCCACUUCUCUCUAGGGUUUCCAGACCAUUCAGGAAAUUCCACGACAAUGCUUUGAGUGAACCAGAAAGAAAAAUUCAAAAUUCUGCAGAUGCCCACAGCCUGAAUAUGCUGGAAAGUCUCAGUGGGCUAGGCAGUGUCGUUAGAGAGAGAAACAGUUUUAACGUUUCAGGACAGAAACCAUUUGUUAGACCUGCUGAGUGCUUCCAACAUUUUCUAUGUUUAUCCUGAGAGCUUAACACCUGGAAGUGGGAAACACAAUGGUCUUGUUGCCUACAGGUUAAUAGCAGAGGUUGGUAGGGUGGAGAAUGAAAUCUCAAGGUGUUUGCAAACCUGGAGAUCCCAUCAAAGCCCAAUCCAAUCCAACACAACUCUACAUAUUCCAAGUGGUUCCUACACAACCUAUCUCAACACAAUUCCAUUUGAAGCAACUACAAUCUAUUUCAACUCAAUUCAAAGCAACCCCAGAUAUCCGGAAUCAAUCCAGCCCACUGUAAUCACAUUCAAAGUUGUUUAUCAUUUAUAGAUCUCAGUACGGCACCGCCAAAGGCCACUCGGCCCACAAUGUUGUGCUGAAUCAGCUAAAAAGCAAAUUUUUUACAAAACAAAACACUAAUCCUACCUACCUACACCUCGUCCAUAUCCCUUCAUCCAUUUGCCUAUCCAAAUGUCUCUUAAAAGCCUCUAAUGUAUUUGCCUCUACACCAUACCAGGCAUCCACCACUCUGAGUAGAAUGCAAGCAGGGAACUGGACGGUAGAUUCAGAUCCAGAUAUGUACGUUAAAACAGACAGCGAAAAGUGUAUUAACAUCUCAACCUUCAGCAGAAUGACAACCUUUCCCAUCCUUCCACCCACUCACCUACACAGACAGGCCUCCAACUCCAGUCCAGGCUGUCCCCAGGUCUCUAAUCUCCUGACUCAAAAGAUAUCAGGCCUCUGACUCCAGACGUGUGACCCAGGAACUUCAACCUUCAGCCUUGACUCCAGACUCGCUGUCUGCGGUCUUCAAUUACCGCACUUAGCAACCUCUGUGUAUCGCCCCCAGGAAUUCCCAAUCACGAGUCUGUGACUGCCAAGCCUGAACCUCUGACCCCAAAUACUACUGACUCUGGGGUAAGGAGGGGUCAUUGGCCCUCGUGCCUCCUGCUGGCUUGAACCUCUGGUGCUGGGAUUUGCCAAUCUCAGUGGUACCUCCAGCCCUGCUCCUUGGGACCCUAACUAAGGAGAUCACUAGUCUCUGUCCUUGGGCUUCAACCGUAGAGUGUUCUGACCAGCAUCUCCUGCCCCUAAAAAUUAAUUUACUGCCCCUGACCUCUAACUUCCCACAUCCCUAUCCCUGAACCCCACCCCGUGUCAUGCUGUGCACUGACAGACGACUGAACCCAGGUGCAGAGGAACGCCAGACUCCCACGUAGAGACAGAAACAAACGUUUAUUCACAGGAAUUCCAUCAGCUCGGUGGCUUGACCAAGAAAUACUACAAGAUGAAUCAUUCUCAAAACACAAGGAUCUUACGAUAAGAGCUAAUCAGGAGAUCGCUUUCAAUAGUCACAGUACACAGAAAACCCGUGCCAGUCACAAGAUACUGGAGAAGGUUAAACAGUAAGCACGAGGGUUUAACAAUGCUAAAUAAGACAACUAUUAACAAAUACAGGUGCGCAGGCUCGCAGGCUCAUGACAGCCUGGACCCCAACUCUCCUCUCAGUCCCCAGAGCCAUCCCCAGGAACCUAAAAAACAACCUCGAUGAGUUUCCUGGUUCAGUGCCAUCUUAAUUAGAUGUUCCCUCCAGCCCAUUUCAACUUAACCCAACGCAGAUAAACCCCACACUUCCAACAUAGUCCAGUUCAACCCGUCCCAACUCAGAUUCAGAUUCUGAGUGAAAUGUGUCAUUUGCAUUAACCGCCAACACAAACUGAGGAUGAGCUGGGGGCAGCCUGCAAGUGUUGUCACACUUUCUGGUGCCAGUGUGGCAUGCCCACCAUGUGCAGCAAAACUCAACUGCAUUUCAGUCCAGCCCACCCCACACGUCCCAAUAUCCCAUGGCCAGCAACCCAGGGAAGAUGCACAAGACUGUCAGUGCUGGAGGGUGAAGCGACAGAUAGUCUGCUGGGGGCAGUCAGUGGGUUGACUGGCAUCUGUAGGGGGGAAAGUAACUGUCGGUGUUUCAGGCUGAGAUUUGGUUAAUCUUUAUGAGCCAAGACAUCAAUGCUUCCUUCCCUCUCACAGCUGCCACUUGAGCCGUUGACUUCUUCCAGUUCCUCUCAAUUCCAUCCCAUCAAACCUGUUGAGGCCCUCCACAAGUCAGGGUCACCCAUGGAUGUUGUGUCCCACCUCGUCUAAGUGAUAAGCCACAUCUGCAUGGAGCUGCCACCACACCAUCCAUCCUACUCCAGUCCAGUCCAGCUCAAACACAACACAAGCCAGUUUCAUCCAUCCAUCGUCAAUAAGCUAAUGGAUCGUAGAGUUGUUGAACUAGUCAACCCACAGGCAAUAAGUUCCAACGUCAGCUGGUGAUGAAUGGCGUCCAGUAACACUGGGAACAAUAACUAUACGAUACUUGGUGUCACUUUCUUCCUUUUCUCCUUGCCAUGAUUUCAGAGUGGGCUCAUCAUUGUGUUUCCACCUCUGUCCGGACAGAUUCAUGGAGCUUACCAUAUAAUUUUUAUGAGGGAGUUUUAUUUUGUAUUUAACAGUGUGUGAUGGGACAGUGUAGAGGGAGCUUCUCUCUGUCUGACCCCGGGAGUGUGUGAUAGGACGGUGUGGAGGGAGCUUCACUCUGUGUCUGACCCUGAGUGUAUGUGAUGGGACAGUGUAGGGGGAGCUUCACUCUGUGUCUGACCCUGGGAGUGUGUGAUGGGGCAGUGUAGAGGGAGCUUCACUCAGUGUCUGACCCUGGGAGUGUGUGAUGGGACAGUGUGGAGGGAGCUUCACUCUGUGUCUGACCCCGGGAGUGUGUGAUGGGACAGUGUAGAGAGAGCUUCACUCUGUGUCUGACCCUGGGAGUGUGUGAUGGGACAGUGUGGAGGGAGCUUCACUCUGUGUCUGACCCUGGGAGUGUGUGAUGGGACAGUGUGGAGGGAGCUUCACUCUGUGUCUGACCCCGGGAGUGUGUGAUGGGACAGUGUAGAGGGAGCUUCUCUCUGUGUCUGACCCCGGGAGUGUGUGAUGGGACAGUGUAGAGGGAGCUUCUCUCUGUGUCUGACCCCGGGAGUGUGUGAUGGGACAGUGUGGAGGGAGAUUCACUCUGUGUCUGACCCCGGGAGUGUGUGAUGGGACAGUGUAGAGGGAGCUUCUCUCUGUGUCUGACCCCGGGAGUGUGUGAUGGGACAGUGUGGAGGGAGCUUCACUCUGUGUCUGACCCCGGGAGUGUAUGAUGGGACAGUGUAGAGAGAGCUUCACUCUGUGUCUGACCCUGGGAGUGUGUGAUGGGACAGUGUGGAGGGAGCUUCACUCUGUGUCUGACCCCGGGAGUGUGUGAUGGGACAGUGUGGAGGGAGCUUCACUCUGUGUCUGACCCCGGGAGUGUGUGAUGGGACAGUGUAGAGGGAGCUUCUCUCUGUGUCUGACCCCGGGAGUGUGUGAUGGGACAGUGUGGAGGGAGAUUCACUCUGUGUCUGACCCCGGGAGUGUGUGAUGGGACAGUGUGGAGGGAGAUUCACUCUGUGUCUGACCCUGGGAGUGUGUGAUGGGACAGUGUAGAGGGAGUUUCACUCUGUGUCUGACCCCGGGAGUGUGUGAUGGGACAGUGUGGAGGGAGUUUCACUCUGUGUCUGACCCCGGGAGUUUGUGAUGGGACAGUGUAGAGGGAGUUUCACUCUGUGUCUGACCCCGGGAGUGUGUGAUGGGACAGUGUGGAGGGAGUUUCACUCUGUGUCUGACCCCGGGAGUGUGUGAUGGGGCAGUGUAGAGAGAGCUUCACUCUGUGUCUGACCCUGGGAGUGUGUGAUGGGACAGUGUGGAGGGAGUUUCACUCUGUGUCUGACCCCGGGAGUGUGUGAUGGGACAGUGUGGAGGGAGCUUCACUCUGUGUCUGACCCCAGGAGUGUGAUGGGACGGUGUAGAGGGAGUUUCACUCUGUGUCUGACCCAUGCCCUCUCUGCCUUUGAAGUUUGUGACAGGAGAGUGUGAGUUGGAUGUAAAAUUUUGCCAGUUUCCACACCGAUCGAUGUCCAUGACCACAAUUUCAAAACCACACUUUAAACUCGGCUUUAACCUUCAGAACCUGGUACCAGUCUAAUGUAAUCGUCAAUCUAGUGCCAUCUUCGUCAUUUUGUGACAAGCUCCCUUUUUACCACAGCACUGUGCUAGCUGUUUCUGUGCCGGCAGGCUUGUGCCUCAAGUUAUAAAUCUUUGCAAACAUUUGAAGGCUGCACUGAGGGUGAGAUCUGGGCUUUUGCUCUACCACUGUUGCUCAUUAGAUGCACAGCAGCAAGGUGGCAUCACUCCUUCAGGGUCUCUGUGACUCCAGUCCCAUACUGAGGGCUUCGUGCUUUGGGUGUAAUUGACACGUUUCCACCACGAUCGAUUGACCGAGUCCACUGCCGUUGCCGGGACUGCUGCACGUAGAAUUGACGGUGAGUGACUGGCCAUCAGUCAUCCUGAGAAGGCAGGUGUGUACGUACUUGGGGGGGUGGGGGGGUGAUGGUGCCACCUUACUGGUGCGAUUGACAGGGAAGGGAGGGAGUGGCGCAGCAUUCAUCGGUACAGUAUGGACCCUGGGCCGACGGGGGUUCGCGGUGACCUUGGCCACCCUGAGAGCUUCUUUGAGUGGUGAGGGUGCGGACCCUACUGACCCAGCCCAACAGAGGGAUGGCGUGGCACAGCGACAAGAGGGCCCAGUAGAGAACGGGGGGGG